AUGAGUAAGGUGUUCAUGGAUGGUGGCAGCGGCUUAAACCUUCUGUUCGCAAGCACGAUGAAGGCAAUGGGUGUGACAGUCGAUAUGUUACAAGAAUCCGACACAGGUUUUCACGGCAUCAUCCUGACCCUGCCCACAUAUCCUCUUGGAAAGAUCUCUCUGGAUGUUGUUUUUGGUACACCCGACAACUUCAGGAAGGAAAGACUCGAGUUCGAGCUUAAGAUGCCAGGCAAUAAUGGGACCACGAUAACUGUUCAUGGAAGUUUCUCUCGUUCCGAUAACUGCGACAAGGACUUCCAGAAGAUCGCCUCUAAAUUUGGAGUCAGAGAAGAGCUUAAUGCACUAGACGUACUCACCGACCAUAAGCAGCCACCUACCGACAAUCGGAGUACAAGAGCCGACGAGUUUGACGUUGCCAAAGAAGCAAAGACGCAUCAAGUGCACCCCUCUGAUCCGAAAAAAACAAUCAAUGCGUCGGCUGAUCUUACUGUCGCAUAG